UCGAGACGAGUGUUCUCCUGGGUUGGUCGGUCAGUGUUGUCAAAGGGCAGCAUGAGACUGUCAUCGUGGAAGGGAUGUGCAUUUUGGAAAGAAAAGUCCGUCUGACGACGCCACCGCUGACAAGUGACAUGUGGAGGACCAGAACAGUAUCACUGUUAUUUGCACUGGUGCUGGGCUCUGAGGUUGCACGGUGCAAGGAUGUCGGGUCCAUAGCGGGAGAUGACUUAGCCUUGCAGGAUCAGUUGGAGAAUUUGGGUGACAUAUCGUCAGUACCAGGAACAAAAAGUCCUCAGAUCCUGGCAGCGCAGUUCGAGUGCUAUCUGAAGAUAAUCAAUGAUCCACCACGAUCUGAAGAAGGUAAUUACUGUAACCGCACAUGGGACGGCUGGCUGUGUUGGGAGGAUUCGUCUCCAGGGACGUUAGUACAGAUGUGUCCGGAAUACUUCCAUGAUUUUGACCCUGCUGAAAAAGUUACCAAAGUUUGUAAUCCUAACGGCGAGUGGUUCAUCCACCCUGAGAGCAACAGAUUGUGGUCCAACUACACCCAGUGUCAAAUCUACACCAAAGACAAACGGAAGUUUGCCAUCAGUCUGUACUACCUGGCCAUGGUGGGUCACGGCCUGUCCAUUGUCUCUCUAAUCAUCUGCCUCAUCAUCUUCUCCUAUUUCAAGAGUCUUAGCUGCCAGAGAAUCUCCCUUCACAAAAACAUGUUCCUCUCUUUCAUUUUAAACUCCAUUGUUACCAUCAUGUUGCUCUCGCUGACAGCAGCCAACAACCAGGCCAUAAACACUAGCAACCCUGUGAGCUGUAAAGUUUUGGCUGUGCUCGUCCAGUACACUUCGACCUCAAACUAUUUCUGGAUGCUGUGCGAGGGCAUCUACCUUCACACUCUCAUCAUUGUGGCUGUCUUUGUUGGGGAGCAGAAGCUCUUCUGGUACUACGUCUUGGGGUGGGGCUUUCCAGUUGUUCCUGCCGUCACCUAUGCCGUGGCUCGUGGGCUGUUCUUUAAUGACCGGUGUUGGAUCAACUCUCACACUCACCUGCUAUACAUCAUUCAUGGACCUAUUCAGGCUGCACUCCUGGUGAACUUGUUCUUUCUCGUGAACAUUUUGCGGGUUCUGAUCACCAAACUGAAGGAGACCCACUGUGCCGAGUCCACUGCCUACAUGAAGGCUGUGAGAGCCACGCUCAUUCUUGUCCCGUUGCUCGGAGUCCAGUUUAUUCUUUUCCCCUGGAGGCCAGAGGGGCGCAUCAGCCGGGCCGUAUAUGAUUUCUUUGUAAAUAUCCUCUGCCAUUUUCAGGGACUCCUGGUGGCAAUUAUAUUCUGUUUCUGCAAUAGUGAGGCACAAACAGCGCUAAAGAGAAAAUGGUCACAGUGGAAGUCAGCUUGGGGGAAGACAGGCUGGGGAGAGACCACUGCUGCCAACAACCAUUUCAGCUUCCACAGUAACUCCUCCAUCACAGAGACCAGCCGCGCCACCGUCAGCGCAGAACAACUCGAGUUUCAAUGGAAAAGCGGCGAAAAGGCUCACUUCCUACCUGGCUGGCAGCCAGAGAGAAGUGUGACGUGCAGGAACGGGCAAGCGGACGUGCUCAACAAGCUGAGGACCACCAGCAUGUGAUACAGUUAAAAGGGGCUUGUGUCUUAAAAUUAUUACCAACAACAAAAAACACAAUUUAAGUGCACUUGGACACAUUUUUAGAUAGUAGCUUUAGUGCAUACACACAGAGAAUGUGAAGGCCCUUAGGAAUUUCCUACAUUUUUUAAUGUGGCCUGAUCUUCUUUAGAAUUAUAAUAAUAAACAGUAUCUCAACUAAUAACUCGCACACAUUAUUUUUUCAUAUUACAAUAAUGUCUUUUUUUAAAAAGGACUAUAUGGAGUUGUCACUUUUUUACUUGCGACUGCCACCUCUGGCCUAAAAUGGAACAUGCAUCUUGUGCAUGCCGCACAUGCUUGUUCGAGAACAAACAUAAAGCAAUAAGCGUUUGUCCCGUGAAAUCAGCAAUGUAAAAACGGUUAGUAGCAAAUCUUGAGUGGGUUAGAAAUGUGUUUUUGCCAAGUAGAGCAGUGGGGAAUGCUGUUCUUUCAAUGAAUGGAAGCUGAAAGUGCAUCCGCCUGUGAGUGCUCUGUGAUGGUGGAGGGACUCAGCGGCACCCGCUGCUCGGUAGGGAAAGAAACGAGAGUGCCAGAAGUCAAGUCUCCAAACCAAGGGCGUAGGUUUGCAUAGGGACGGUUGGGACAUAACACUACCCACUUUUCAGGAUGCUCAUAUUAUCCCCACCAACUUUUAAGCAACCUUUUUUGCAUUAUAUAAUGACUUCAGUUCUAUACUAGUAGGUCAUUUCUUCCUAUCUACUGUAUAAGUCAAUUACAUGCAAUGACAUUUUUCGCUGUGCCCCCCCUUUAAUCCCCGCGUAUGAGCGUAACCAUGUGACGUAAACAACAAUGGCGACCUAGUAGUUAAACUAAUUUUGCAAAUUGCAAAAACAAAAACAUCAAGAGGAGUUUUAAUAUCAAUUUUAACUCAUGAUAACGUUUAUCUACAAGUCUUUCUAUGCGUGGAUCCCUUUAAAGGACUGUGAAGCUGCGCGAAUGAAUGAAAAGCUAGCCGCAUUGUAGCUCGUGUUAAGAAGCUAAUUCUGAACAGAAGUUGAGUGCUUUGCACGGCAUAUUUAGUCGAUUACAUGUACACGCAACAGUAUACAUUUGAUCACAUCACGCCACUGAAAUGUAGAGGACUUCCAAAAAAUGUAUUUUUACAUGCAACGCGAUUGGACAUGUGACGAUUCGAUUACGAUUCAUAAAGGUUCAAAAACGAUGAUCUUCCCUCAUAACUUUAUGACAGCCGCUUGUAGCGGCACGAAAUUCAAGACACGUCUGCCGCCAGGACACAGUUAACGGAUGGACGCGCAACGUUAUGAUGGAUGCUCCCGGUUACUGGGAUAGAGAUUUACUCCUUUUUAAAAGACUGGAAAAUAAAUUUGUGUAUGAGUCAGGCAGGGACAGAAGUGCGACCCGGCGGUCGCGCUUUUGUGCGCAAGUAAUUUUUUAGAGCGAGAGAGGAAGCGAGAUAGUUCGUUGCUCCUUGUCUUUCAGAUGUCCAGCAGUAGUUUUAAGGCAUUUCAAUUGAAAAAUGUCCUGAGUGUGUUGCUAAGACCUGUGUGCGUCUAUAAGAGGUGAGUACACGAACCCUCUUGUACUGUUUAGCCUUUAUUGUUGUUGUUUUUGAGAUGUUAAUAGUUAGCGCCGAGCGCUAAGCUAAUCAGCUAAUUCGCUAACGUGUAUUUCAUAUGCAGAACGUGUAAAACCAUGAUUAAGUACAGUGGUAAAACUACAAACAUGUGAAAUAGUACAGAAAUCUGUUGUUGCAAGUGCUGCCUGGGAGCCGACAGGCGUGUGUGCGCGUGGGCGGGCAGUGAGAGAAGAAAGUGCGCGGGCUGUAUUGAGUGUGUGUGUGGCGAUGCUAGAGGCUGCCGGACUUUUUAUUUGCUCGGCAAUAAACGCAACAAGUUAAAAGUGAUCAAGAGCAGUUGUGAUUUCCACCUGUCACUCCAAGAGUUACACAAGGGAGGUAACACUGAAAACAAAGUAUAUUGGUUAAAAGAAGUCUUAUUUCCAAAGACACUUUGCUUGUGUCCAGAGAAUGUGGAAUUCAUUCCACCAGUGUAAAUUUUAUUGUAUUGUUGAGACAAAUAAGUGCUCUCUUUAAAAUGGUUAGUGUUUUUUCACUUUCUUGUAAAAAAUAAAUAAAAAAGCAGCUUAAGGACAGCUUUUUGUUGUAUGGGCAUGUUUCCAUCGUUCCUGUUGAAUCAUAAGGAUAUUUUAAAUAAAUAAUGGACAAAAAUUUGUUUGGCUACUUUAUUAAUCAGUAAUGUACGAUGCAUCGAUAAUUGUGAUAAUCGCGAUAACCGUGAUCAUCGUCAAUACCGUGAUCUUCGUUCAAAAAUUGAAUCGUAGCACCCUGAAUAGUAAUCGAAUCGAAUCGUGGGGUGCCUAAGAUGGCACACCCCUACUGAAAUGAAGGCUAGGCAGAGUGUGGUCCUUAAAUGUCAGGGCUCUGCAUCCUCAUCAGGGCAUUGGUGGAGCAUGCAUAGAGUAGAACAUUAUUUUAAAUUAACUCCAAAAAUCCCAUUCAAUUUCUUUAAAACGGUAACAACUUUACCUUGGAUUUACUCCCAUUAUUCUUGUUUUUGUUUGACCUACCCUGUAGAUUUGUAAACAGAUGUUGACAUGCCAAUGAUUGACUUCUUUUGUUUGUUUUACUUGCACAUUCUGCUCUAUGCUCUUGCAGUCAUCUUGAAAAAGUGGGCACGCUUUGUAAGAAAACAAUACUCCUAAGCUUUCUGAAUGAAUCGACAAUUUGUACAACAGUAAAUUGUCUCAAGACGUUUUAGAGACACUUAUGUAACUUUUCAGCUUUUUACAAGUGUAUAUAAAGUCCUGACUUAAACCUG